ACGGUACGGCUUUAUCAACAAAUAAGUGCCACAGUUUCAAUGUAUCAUCUCCAACCCCCUCCGGAUUAAUAAAUAUUGAAUAAUAAAUAACGUAAAUAAAUAACAUUAAUAUUUAGAAUUUUGACAUAAUUUAAUGUAUAAAAAGUUGCAACAAAUUACCAAAACUUUACAAAUUGACUUAGCGAAGAGUAAGCGAUGUGACUGUAUAGUUAGAAAUACAUCUGAGUAUACGAAAACAGCUGUGAAUACAAGUCUUAACUUAAAUGUGAAAUUAUGAAAAAAUAUACGAAUUAUGUUGUAUUUUAGCCUGAAGAGAACCAGAGAUUAUAUCUCAAAACGGUCGGAAGGACUGUCUACAUUGGCUAAUACAGCUACACCGUUUGAUGAAAAGUCAUUAGCGUCAUUUAUUUGAAUUAAUAUGAAAGUGACAUAAAUCAUUAUUUUGUUUCAAUUUUGCUUAAUAAAUGCAAAUGCGCAUCAAAUUGACAUUUUUAUACAUGCACGCUUAUACAAAAUGGGAAAGCUUUCGCGGUUGCGUCAAAAUCAAACGAAGCAAAUCAACGUCAGUCCGUGUUAAAACAAAUAUUUAUUUUGCAAAAUUGUGUACAAUUCAUGUGCAGAACUUUCAAAUGUCAUUUUUCCCCUAAUAUUGCAAGCAUGUAUCAAAUGGAGCAAGCGUUGAAACAAGCACAUCACCUGAUCUACGCAUCCCCUCCUCGCUAGUAAAAAUUGUGUAUAUAUUCGCAGCGUUUUUCGUCAACCGUCAGUCAAUCGUCGAGCUGCACGAGUUCCUAGUAAACGUGCGGACGUAUUCGAACGGUGUUGAUCGUCAUGAGCAAUACGACGCUGAUUCUCUUGGUCGUGGCUGCGGUGUUUGGCUCUCAAGUGAACGCCACCAAAGUCAACAAAUGCGAUGGUUACCCCAAUCCCAACAACUCUGUGGUGAGUAUCACGAACUGCGACGAACCACCGUGCUACCUAAAGAAGGACUCCAAGAUGCUCGUCAUGAUAAGGUUCACACCCGAUCACAACAUCUACGAGCUCACAACCAGAGUGUGGGGGAAGAAGUGGAUUUGGAUGGCCUAUAGCGGCGUUGAUAGCACUUCGGCUUGCGAUAAGGUCUACUACGCUGCCGAUGGUACGCCUGCCUCCUGCCCUCUCAUGAAGGGUGUUGAUUACAUCUACAAAUACGAAUUGUACAUCGACCCUUGGUAUCCUUCGAUAAGUAUGAUCAUACACUGGAGCCUUCAAGAAUACGGCAAUGACAUUGAGUGCUUCCAAGUUGACGGUGAAAUAACCUCGUAAAAAUACAGAUAUUUUUAUCGCACAACAUUUUUAUAAAUAACCAGAACAUUGCCAAUGACAAUCAACAAUUAUUAGUCUUCCACGGUUAUGUUUACAACCCUUGUUGUAUUUAAAUUACAAUAAAAGAUUUUUUUAAUUA